GGGGACAGGUGCAGAGAGGAAAUUCCAUCCAGAUCUUCUUUUUCCAGCUGCUGCCUCCUCCUGCCAUGUCCCAGCCGGACUCAGUGCCCGAACUCUGGGUGAUCACAGGCUCCCACUCCUGGACUGGCACAGGGCAGGUGGGCAGCCUGCACCCUGAUGGACCCAAGUCCCCCUUUGCUGAGGAGUGGAUCCCUGAUGAUCAAGUAGCCACCUUAUCAUUGGACUCCUUUGGGGCAGAAGAGACCAUUGAUCUAGGAGAAAACGCCUUUGGAGAGCCACCACCACCCUACAAGCUGCAGGUGACAAGAGAAAAGUCCUCCUGUGCCCAGUCCUCAAUGCCAGACACCUGCAGGGACCAUGGGGACCAGCUGAGCCUCUUCUGCUGCCAGGAAAACAAGCUGAUCUGCCAGGAGUGCAAGUCCAAUGGCAGCUGCCAGUCACACAAGACCAUGCCAGUGGAGGAGAGGGCAUCCCAGCUCAGGAACAAGAUUGUCGAUCAGUGUGAGAAGCUGCAGCUGCGAACAGCUGGGAUCGAGAAGUAUCUUGCAGAUGCCUUGCCAUCAAAGAUCCCAAGUGUGGCGAGCAAAGCCCGGGCCUCCCGUGAAAUGAUCAUCCAGCGCCUGAUGUUCAUCCGCACUGUGUGUGAGAACGAGGAGCAGCGCCUGCUGGAGGAGGUACAUGCGGAGGAGGAGCGAGUACAGCAGGGUAUUCUGACCCAGAAAGCCCACUGGACCGAGUCUUCAAAAAAACUGUCCAGCAUCAGGAACUAUCUGGUGGAUAUUUUGACCAAGAUGGAUGACCUGAGCCUGAUUAACUCUGAAACUGAGAUGGAUGAAAGAACAGAAGAAGCUGAAGGCAUUCUGGAGCCUGAAGAAUCUGAGAAGUUAAACUUUAACAUUGACCGUGUACAGAGUCCGCUACUAAACAGAUUAUGGGCUUCCUCGGUCCUCUGCUCCACCACUGCAUGUGAAGACCUGACCUUUGAUGAGAAGUCCAUAAGCCCCUUGUUGGCCUUAUCAGAAAACAACACUCUGAAGUUCCUCCACAAGAAAGCCAAGACCUAUUCAGAUGGGCCUGAGCGCUUUGACCACUGGCCUAACUGUCUGGCCAACGAGUCGUUCCAGAAGGGCAUCCAUUGUUGGAAGGUCAAUGUGGAGAAGAGCUGUGCCUACAAGCUCGGCAUUACCUACAGAAGCAUUGCGCGCAGGGGCUCAGGCAAUGAUGCCAGGCUAGGAUUUAACCCAGUGUCUUGGAUUUUUUCACGCUAUGACAAAGACUUCCGCUUUUCCCAUGACUCUCAGCAUGAACUUGUAGAACUGCUAAAAAGCCCCAAACAUAUUGGUGUUUUGGUGGAUAUCGAUGGAGGAGAACUGAUCUUUUUUGACCCUGGCUCUUGCGUCAUUCUUCACAGCCACCAGACCAAGUUCACAGCCCCAAUCAGUCCUGUGUUUGCAGUCGCUGAUGAGGGCAUCAGCCUUGAGAAGUGAACUACUGAAGUAGAAAUACAGAUGUUUAUAUUUAUAAAGACUCUUUUAUAUAUAUAAGAGGUUAUAUUUUUUCCUUGAAUAUAACAAAAUAUUAAGCUUGUGGCAUGUUACAAGUACAUAUUGUAUAUGGAUAAACUCAAUGGAGUUAACAGAAAGGAAGAACUUUUUUAAGAGAUUAUUUAAAGAGGACCUGCUACUAAGGACCCUAGGUUUUUAUAUGAAGAAAUGUUCGAAAAAAUUUGGCUUUGGUCAGCCUUCAGUAAACAUGAUAUUUUUUUGGUUCA